AUGUCAGAUGCCGAAGGAAACCCUCCCGGAGAAAGAGCAGAGCCGACAGAAGCCCAAGCGGAGGAAGAUGAAGCGGAUGACGAAGUAGGAGACAGGCCCCAGGGGUCGGAAGAAGAGCGCCCAGCAGUGCGGAAGUGGUCGCAGGAAGAGGAGGACGGAGAAGGGAAGGGUGGGCAGGGAGAGGAGAGAGAGGAAGAGGAGGAGGCCAGGGAGACGAAGGAGGAAGGGGAGAGGGACCGAGAAGGGAAGGGUGGGCAGGGAGAGGGGGAGGAGAGAGAGGAAGAGGAGGAGGAGACAAGAGAAGAGGGGAGAGGGGAAGGGGAAGAGUAUGAGUAUCUGGAUUUGGAGUCGAGCAGUUCGGAGGAGGAGCAAGAGGUUGGUGAAUAUGAGAAGCUUCCCUCCGGCCGGCUGGAGGGACCGACCAAGCAGGUGCCCCAAGAUGAAGAGGAAGAGGGGUCCAGGGCAGGAGCCGAAGAAGCCACACCCAGAAAGGAGAAGAGACAGAGCAAGCGCGUGUCCUACUCCCUGUACGAAGAUGUCAGGGGGCACCCGGGCCAGUUGGCAGCCUCCAGGCAGUCCCAGGUGUACACCUCCACGGAGGAUGCGCUGUUCCAGAAGAGCGCCAGCCUGGAGGCUCACCCCUUGACCAUGACCUGGACGUACGGGUGGAACAGCUCGCUCCCUGUCUUCUACAUCCGCGAGGAGCGCCACAGGGUCCUUCUAUACGUAUGUGCACACACCGUGGUCAUCUACAACACCUUCCGGAACAAGCAGUACCACCUCCAGGGCCACCCGAACGUCAUCUCCUGCCUGUGUGUCAGCGAGGACAGGCGCUGGAUUGCCACGGCGGACAGGGGGCCAGGGGGCCUCAUCAUCAUCUGGGACUCCUUCACAGGCAUCCCCGUACACACCAUCUUCGACAGCUGCCCAGACGGGAAUGGCAUCAGGGCCAUUGCCAUGACCCGUGACGCCAAGUACCUGGCCACCAUCUCUGAUGCCGAAGCCCAGAAGGUGUGCAUCUGGAAGUGGACGUUAGCAGUGGAAACGCCAGCCUGUACGCUGGAGCUCCCCACAGACUACGGCCUCCAGAACUAUGUUACCUUUAACCCUGCAAACAACAAGGAGUUGGUGAGCAAUAGUAAAACACAAGUGAUCUAUUAUUCCUGGGAUGAAGAGAAAGACACACUUGUGCACAGCGCUCCACUUCUAACAGAAAAAGAUAGGGAUGGCAUCACCGUGCUCACCACUGUCGACAGCUAUAUCGUCACGGGCGACAUCAGAGGCAACAUUAAGUUCUACGACCGCAGCCUGUCCAUCGUUAACUGGUACAGUCACUUCAAAUUGAGCUCCAUCAGGACCCUGUCCUUCUCCAAGACCCCGGCAGCGCCUCCGACAGAGAAAUCCAACUUCCCUCCGGACUGCACCCUGAAAGGGGACCUCUUUGUGGUGAGGAACUUCAUCAUCGGCACCUCCGACGCCACCGUGUACCACUUAACCACAGACGGCACCAAGCUGGAGAAGCUGUUCAUGGAGCCCAAGGACGCCAUCUGUGCCAUCUCCUGCCACCCCUACCAGCCCCUCAUCGCCAUCGGGAGUGUGUGUGGGAUGAUCAAAGUGUGGGACUAUGAAAAGAAAAAAUACCUCUUCAGCAGGGUCUUUGAGAAGGGCCUGGGAGUGCAGAGCCUCACCCACAACCCAGAGGGAGCCCUGCUGGGGGCCGGCUUCACCGAGGGCACGGUGUACAUCCUGGAUGCCAUGUCCUUGGAAAAUGAGAGCCGGAAGCCUUUCAAAUACUCAAGAGGCAGUGUCACUCACAUCAGCUUCUCCCACGACUCCCAGUACAUGGCAACUGCCGAUGUGAACUGCACUGUGGCCGUGUACAUGAUCGUGGUCAGAAACGGACAGAGGGUCUGGGAAUACUUAGCCAGGCUCCGUUCUCACCGCAAGAGCAUCCGUAGUCUGCUCUUCGGGGUUCACCUGGACAGCAACGACCCCCGGCUCCUGAGCCUCGGCAAAGACAGGCUUUUGAUAGAGUACAAUCUCCGCAGGAGCUGCCGCGACCACCUGGAAGUCAUGGACAUCCACCGUACCGACCAGGGCGACUAUCCCACCUGCAUGGUGUGGUACCCGCCCCUCACCAAGGAGCUCUUCCUGCUCAUUUGCAACAGCGGCUACAAAGUGAAGCUCUUCAACUCCACCACUAAGAUGUGCAGAAAGACACUGCUGGGGCCGACGUUCGGUUCACCGAUUGAGCAGACCCAGGUGCUGCCAGCGAGAACAGCCAAGGAGCUGCAGAAGCGCUACCUGGUGUUCAUCAACAAGGACAAGGUUGGGCUACAGAUCUUGCCAGUAGACGGCAACCCCCACAAGACAUGGGCCAUUGUUUGCCACCCAAGCGGGGUGGCCGGCAUGGCCCUGUCCUAUGAUGGCUCGUACGCCUUCACUGCGGGAGGGCAUGACCGCUCGGUCGUGCAGUGGAAAAUCAACCUCAGCACCCUGGAGGCUGCGGUAUCUCUUGGGGGUGACGACCUGACCCCGUUCUACGGCCUGGUGCCUGGCGGCAGGGAAGGCAGGUUCUACACGGAGCUGGAGGACUACUUCUACUACUCACAGCUCCGCAGCCAGGGCAUCGACACCAUGGAGGACAGGCAGGUGUCAGAUCACAUCUCCCUGUCGGAGCUGCCCUACGUCAUGAGGGCCAUCGGCUUCUACCCGUCGGAAGAGAAGAUUGCCAAUAUGUUUAAUGAAAUCAAAUUCAGCGAAUACGUAAACACUGGGAAGAUAAUUGACAAAAUCAACUUGCCAGAUUUCCUCAAAGUUUACCUCAAUCACAAGCCGCCUUUCGGUAACACCAUGAGCGGCAUCCGACAGACCUUUGAGGUUCUCGGCUUCACCAAUUCCAAAGGACAAAAGGCUAUUCGAAGAGAGGACUUCCUGAAACUACUUCAGACUAAAGGUGAGCACAUGACCAAGGAGGAGAUGCUGGACUGCUUCGCCACACUGUUUGGCCUGAAUCCUGAGGGCUGGGGAUCCGAACCGGCCGCCAUCUCCUUCAAAGGUUCAGAAAUUUGCCUCGAAGAGGAACUUCCAGAAGAAAUCACUGCAGAAAUAUUCACAACUGAAAUUCUUGGCUUGGCCAUUUCUGAAGACUCUGAGUAAAGUGGUCAGUGAAGUUGUAAGAAAUGUUGGAAACCCAGAGGCAC